AUGGCUGGCCGUCACUUCCCGCGAACCGCACGCGCAUGCCGGUCCCAAGCUGGACCAGUUUCCUUUCCCUGCCUUCCGUCACAGUACUACCCGCAGCAGCACGCUAGACAGCAACAGUGCUGUGCGUCUAUGCAGCAUAGGUGCCUUUCCUCCCCCAGCCUAUCCCUGCCAGGGGUGAAGCGCAUCGUGGCUGUGGCCUCCACUAAAGGCGGCAUCGGCAAGUCCACCACUGCCGGUGCGCCUCACUGCCCCACCGCCGCCUCACUGCCUCACCUCCGCCUCACUGCCAUGCCCCUCGUUGCUUCCUGUCCUCGUCAUAUCCCACCCCCUCCUCCCUCUCCUCUCCUCCCUUCCCAUCCGCCUUCAUUACCUGCUUAUCCCAUUUCUCACCCCCCUUCCGUUUCCCCUCCCCACCAACCUUCCCUUUCUCUAACCCUCCCCCCUCCCCAACCCCGUUCCCUUCCACCUCCCCAUCCCCCUCCCCUUCUCUGCAAGUCCACGGGUUCUCAUACGCGCUCUACUCACCCCUGCCUCCUUCCAAUCACAUGCCACUCACCCCAUCCCUAUCACUCCGUUCUUUCCAACAGUCCCUCUCACCCCAUGCACUACACCUGGUUCCUCCUCCUGGAUGCCUCUCACCCCGUGCCUCUCACCCCGCGCGCACGCACUACACGCCGGCGUCUAGUGCCCCUCACUGCCCAGCCUGCCCGGCCUGGCCACCGCCGGCCGGCCCCUGCUGGCCUCGCCCCUCCCCCUCCCCGCGCGCCCAUGCUGCCGCUGCAGGCGCACGGCGUGCUCUGCAUGUCCAUGGGCUUCCUCGUGGGCUUCCUCGUGCCUGCUGACGUGGCGGCCGUGUGGCGUGGGCCGUGUGGAGAAGCUUGUAAGGGGGACGGAGUGGGGGCGGCUGGACGUGCUCGUGGUGGACAUGCCGCCUGGCACGGAUCACCCCAGGGGGCGUGGUGUCCUGCCCUGCGUGUGCCACGGAUGCCAGCAGUGAAGGACUUCACACAGCUGCUGCCAGGCUGA